AUGGCUUCCACAACCUACGACCGGCUCGCCGAGCUGACAGCAUUCGACGAAACAAAAGCCGGCGUCAAAGGCCUGGCGGACGCCGGCAUCACCGAGCUCCCCCGCAUCUUCCACGCGCCGCCACACUUCCUCGACACCACCACCAAAACGGCGUCGUUCUCACCCUCCGACCCCGACUUCAUUUUCCCCGUCAUCGACCUGAAAGGCGCUGCGGCGGACCAUCGGAAGGUGAUCGUGGAGAAGGUCAGGGAGGCGGCGGAGAAGUGGGGGUUCUUCGAGGUGGUGAACCACGCGAUCCCCGAGCGCGUGAUGGAGGAGAUGAAAGCCGGCGUCCGAAGGUUUCACGAGCAGGAUUUGGAGGCGAAGAAGGAGUUCUUCGGCCGCGAUCCGAGUAAGAGGGUCGUCUACAACAGCAACUUCGACUUGUACAGCGCGCCGGUUACCAACUGGAGGGACGCCGUCUUGUUUCACACCGCUCCUGACGUUCCUAAGCCUGAAGAACUGCCGGCGUGCUGCAGUGAAAUCGUGAUAGAGUACACUCAGGAAUUGCUCAAACUGACCGAUCUGCUCUUUGAACUUCUAUCGGAAGCUCUCGGUCUACCCUCCAAUUACUUGAAAGAGAUGGAUUGUGCAAAGGGACUCUACAUGGCGUGCAAUUACCAUCCACCUUGUCCUCAACCAGAGCUCACCGUGGGAGCAAGCAAGCACACCGACUUCGACUUCAUCACAGUUCUGCUGCAGGAUCACAUCGGAGGCCUUCAGGUUCUUCAUCAGGAUCACUGGGUCGACGUGCCUCCGUUGCCAGGGAGUCUCGUUGUCAAUGUUGGAGACUUGCUUCAGCUGAUAUCAAACGACAAGUUUAUAAGCGUGGAGCAUAGAGUCCAGGCGAAAACGAUUGGACCAAGAGUGUCCGUAGCGUCGUUCUUCAGCACUGGAUUCUCGCCAAACGCGAGAAUGUAUGGACCUAUAAAAGAGUUAUUAUCGGCAGAGAAUCCUCCGAAAUACAAGGAAACCUCGAUUCCAGAUUUCACAGUCAAAUCCUACCAAAAGGGCUUGGAUGGGACGACCUCUUCGCUGGUGCAGUUUAUGAUCUGA